UUCGCGUGAAAAGGCUGUUCUCCGUGUGCGGGGAUUGGAAAAACAGUAUUUUUCGGGGUGCCGUACCAGAAUAUCCUUGUCGCGAGUGUAAAUUCUCUAUCUUGUGAGUUCGUUAUUGUAGAAGAACGUGUAAAUUGUGUGUCCGUGUGCUGCAAGAAGCUUCUAAGCAAGGAAGGCGAAGUGGUUGCUUGAUGUGAAAGCCGUCAGUGGGGAACAAACUGCUUGCGCACAAGAAAGAAGUUAAGCAAUUUUGUAUCUAAUCCGAAAAAAGCAUAUAGGCGAACGUGAUCCGGUCGGUUGUAGCCUUUCCCUCCCGCGGACGGAUCAAAGCAGAAGCAAAGCUUCAUCAACAUGUCGAACAUCGUGCUGGACAAAGAUUGCUUCUUCCGGCGGAUAAAGCGUCUGUAUGCGAACUGGAAGGAUCCAGAAUUCCGACACGAUGAUUCGCUGUCAAAGGUCGACUGCAUCAUGACAGCCGUCGGGGUCGAUGAGGAAACAUUCUACAGUAAGUCGACUUCACUGCAAACAUGGCUUUUUGGGUACGAGCUGACCGAUACGAUCAGCGUCUUUUGCGACAACGCCAUCGUGUUUUUGACGAGCAAGAAGAAGAUCGAAUUCCUCAAACAAAUCGAGAAAGAUGCCGAGGAUAGCUUGCCACCGAUUCGGCUAUUGGUCCGGGAUAAGAACGACAAAGAUAAGGCCAACUAUGAAAAGCUGUACGAGGCAAUGAAGUCAUCCAAGGCCGGCAAAACGGUAGGCGUUUUUACGAAGGACAAUUUCCCCGGUGAGUUCUGCGAGAACUGGCGCGCGUUCCUAAAGGACAAGCAUCUGACGAACGUCGACAUAAGCGUACCGAUAGGGUACAUUAUGUGCCCCAAGGAGGACUCGGAGCUUAUCACGAUUAAGAAAGCUUGUCUGGUGACGAUCGACGUGUUCAACAAGUAUCUGAAGGAUCACAUUAUGGAGAUAAUUGACGCAGACAAGAAAGUGAAACACGUUAAGUUAGCAGAAGGAGUAGAGUCGGCCCUGACGGACAAGAAGUACGUUUCCGGCGUGGACACAAAUCAGCUGGACAUGUGCUAUCCGGCCAUCAUCCAGUCGGGCGGCAACUACAGCCUAAAGUUUAGCGCGUUCAGUGACAAGAACUAUCUCCACUUUGGAUCUAUCAUUUGUGCGCUUGGGGCGCGAUACAAGUCGUACUGCUCGAACAUUGUCCGCACGUUGCUGGUCAACCCGACCGAAACCAUCCAGAAGCAUUACAACUUUCUGUUGAACCUGGAGGAGGAGCUGCUGAAAAAUCUCGUUCCCGGUAAGAAGCUGUCGGACGUGUACGACGUUGGGCUCGAGUACGCCAAAAAGGAAGAACCGAAGCUGGUGGACAAGCUAACGAAAUCGUUCGGUUUCGCGAUGGGACUCGAGUUCCGCGAGAACUCGAUCACGAUCGGACCAAAAUGUGCGGCUGUGCUUCGAAAGGGCAUGGUGUUCAGCUUGAACGUGGGUUUGGCGGGACUUGAAAACUCCGAAGCAUCUGACAAGGAAUCGAAAAUGUACGCGCUGUUCGUCGGUGACACGGUGCUUGUGACCGACGACUCGCAGGCUGCCGUCCUGACGCAGUCGAAGAAGAAGAUCAAAAACAUUGGCAUCUUCCUGAAGGACGACGAUGACGAUGACGAGGAGGAAGAGGAGCAGGAAAAGGAACCGGGCCCGGAGAUACUCGGGCGUAGUGGUAAGCGGACGACGGUGCUGGAGAGUAAGCUCCGCAACGAGCAAAGCUCGGAGGAAAAGCGCAAGCAGCAUCAGAAGGAGCUUGCCAUAGCGCUGAACGAGAAGGCGAAGGAGCGACUGGCGAAACAGGCGGGUGGUAAGGAGGCAGAAAAGGUUCGUAAAUCGACCGUCUCGUACAAGAGCGUCAAUCAGAUGCCACGCGAGCCGGAGGUGAAGGAGCUGAAGCUGUAUGUUGAUCGCAAGUACGAAACGGUCAUCAUGCCGAUCUUUGGUGUGCCUGUUCCGUUCCACAUUUCGACCAUCAAAAACAUCUCCCAGUCGGUGGAGGGUGAUUACACGUACUUGCGAAUCAACUUUUUCCACCCGGGAGCAACGAUGGGCCGGAACGAGUCGGGAAUGUACCUGAAUCCGGACGCAACGUUCGUAAAGGAGGUCACUUACCGCUCUACGAACACCAAGGAACCGGGUGAAAUAGCGGCACCGUCGUCGAAUCUCAACACCGCGUUCCGGUUGAUCAAGGAGGUGCAGAAGCGUUUCAAGACGCGCGAAGCGGAGGAGCGCGAAAAAGAGGACCUUGUUAAGCAAGACACACUGGUGAUGUCGCAGAACAAGGGUAACCCGAAGCUGAAGGAUUUGUACAUCCGUCCGAACAUUGUUAGCAAGCGCAUGACGGGCGCACUCGAGGCACACGUGAACGGAUUCCGCUACACGUCCGUGCGCGGCGACAAGGUGGACAUCCUGUACAACAAUAUCAAGAGUGCAUUCUUCCAACCGUGCGAUGGUGAGAUGAUUAUUCUGCUGCACUUCCAUCUCAAGCACGCCAUCAUGUUCGGCAAAAAGAAGCACCUGGACGUACAGUUCUACACGGAGGUGGGUGAAAUUACAACCGAUCUGGGCAAGCACCAGCAUAUGCACGAUCGGGAUGAUCUGGCGGCUGAGCAGGCCGAGCGAGAGCUGCGCCACAAGCUUAAGACGGCGUUCAAGAGUUUCUGCGAGAAGGUGGAAACGAUGACGAAGCAGCAGAUCGAGUUCGACACACCCUUCAAGGAGCUUGGCUUCCCGGGUGCACCGUUCCGCAGCACAGUAUUACUACAGCCCACCUCCGGCAGCCUGGUUAACCUGACCGAGUGGCCCCCGUUUGUCAUAACGCUCGAGGACGUGGAGCUGGUACACUUCGAGCGCGUGCAGUUCCACCUGCGUAACUUCGAUAUGAUAUUCGUGUUUAAGAACUACCAACACAAGACAGCAAUGGUAAAUGCGAUACCAAUGAAUAUGCUCGAUCACGUUAAGGAAUGGUUAAACUCGUGCGACAUUCGCUACUCGGAGGGUAUUCAAUCGUUGAAUUGGGCAAAGAUUAUGAAAACCAUCACGGACGAUCCAGACGGGUUCUUCGAGAAUGGCGGCUGGACCUUCCUCGAUCCCGAGUCGGAGGGUGAAGGUGCACCGAACAGUGAAACCGAGGACGAGGAGGACGAUGCGUAUGAACCAACGGACGACGACGAUGAGGAGGAGUCGGACUCGGAGGACUAUUCUGAGGCGUCCGAAGAUGACGAUACCGGAAGUGAGGAGGAUCUCGGGUCGGACGAGGAAUCCGGAAAGGAUUGGUCCGAUUUGGAGCGGGAAGCGGCCGAAGAGGAUCGAAACCGGGAGAAGGAUGACUUUGACGAUCGUGGCGCAUCGAAGAAACGCUCUCACCACAGACGGGAUCGGGCUGUAGCGUCAUCGAAGAAACGACAUGAUCAUCAUCGCAGCUCCUCGUCGAAACACGGCAGCAGCCGGGACAAGAACCACAAGGAUAAACACAACGAUAAGCACCGCAGCAGCAGUGGCGGAGGCAGCAGCAGCAAACACGAUCGCCACAGCAGUAGUCACAAGCGAUCGCGGGACGACAGUCGAGAUGGAAACCAUCAUAAGAGUAAAAAAUCGCGAAAGUAAUAGUUUUCUACAGCGAAACAUUCGUCAGCCACCACACCCUGCUACAUCUACCCGCAAAAACGACAAGACUUUAGGCUGGAUAGAAUUGUACCACAAGGAAGAAGCGGUUCCCGUAUACGUCUGUUUCCCCGCCGGCCCUUUGUUUCGUACAUGCGUCAGUGUCCUAUUUACAUUCUUCUGUAAGGUUAAGUUUUUUUUUCAUACAUUCAACAAUUAGCUCAUGCUCGAGCAAUGUUUGCACUCGAUUCCACAAUUUGCGAGCAUUCGAUUCUAGACACAGGAAACGUUCGUGUUGAUUUGUAGUACCUCCAUGAGAACAUGAACAUCGUUUAACUAUUGUUCAAGACCAUCCGCAUCGAUAGAAGAGUAUCCAUUACAAAUGCCCCGAACAGCUGUGCUGACCUGAGGCUAGGUUCUAUGUUUUACGCUCCAUUUUCACUAAUUCCGUUCUAAGAACGCCAGGAAGCAAAAGAAUGGCAACAUGCAUCCGGUCCAGGCUAAUCCUGACACUUAACAUUCAACACUUAAAAAUUGGAUCAUGGAAGAUACCCCAUCCAGAGUGGAACAUACGAUAAAUAUACGGCAACACUGAACAACCAA